GUUGAGUGUGUGUAUUUAUCUACAUAAAGCAAAUAAUGAAAUAACAUCAGUAUACAACUGUUAUUCUUAAAGCGCGGACGCAGAAUUUUGGAGGUAGUGAAGUGAGAAAAAUACGAAAAACAACAAAAAUAAUACAAAAUAAAUAGAAAUUAGUGGAUAAAAGAAACAAAAAAAAUAUCUGAAAGAAAAAAGGAUUUAUGAAUAAAAAUCCUUAAGUGUUAUUUAUAUGUUUAUUUAAUAAAUUGGAUGGAAUAAAACAAAAAGAAAAAAAUUCACCUCAAUACAAUUUAACAAGAACUGGGUGCCAACAAAAUUAUUACUGUAAAAUUAAACUAUCUGCCAUCUAAAUAAAAUACAAAUUGUAACAAAAAUGCUGGAACUGCGACGAAAGAAAACCGUUACCCUGCCACUACUCGCAUUAUUUUUCCUAUUAUGCACCAUCAAAUCCAUCAACACAGAAGUCUAUACCGCUUUGGCGGAAAUGGAAGAGCUAUUAGAGACUGAAUCUGUAUUAAUUAGUAAUUUAGAGGGUUUUAUUAAAGUAGAACAACAAAAGUUGGAUUAUUUAAAAACUAAAAUGCUUGAAUACCAAAGAGAACAUGCUGAAGCAGCUGUCGAUAUUACAAAUUAUGUUUCAAAUCCUAUAAAUGCCUAUUUACUUACAAAACGUUUAACCACAGAUUGGAAACAAGUGGAAAAUCUGAUGGCCCAUGAUGUGGGAGGAGACUUCCUAACCAAUAUAACAAACUUCCGCAACAUAUUGAAAUUCCCCUCCGAUGAGGAUUUGAAUGGGGCGGCGGUGGCUUUAAUGCGCCUGCAAGAUACUUACAAUUUAGAAACUUCAAGUUUAGCCAAAGGAGAACUAAAUGGCAUACAAUAUAGUACUGAAAUGUCAUCAGAUGAUUGUUUUGAAUUGGGACGUCAGUCAUAUGUCAAUCAUGAUUAUUAUCAUACCGUUUUAUGGAUGAACGAAGCCAUGACUAGAAUGUUGGAUGAUCCCAGAAAUCGUACACUGGCAUUUACAAAAGCUGACAUUUUAGAAUACUUAGCAUUUUCAACAUACAAACAAGGCAAUGUUGAGAGUGCCCUUUCUAUGACAAAUGAAUUGUUGCAACUGAUACCAGAUCAUGAACGUGCCUCAGGUAAUAAAGUUUACUAUGAAAAAGAAUUGAAAGAAUUGUCGGUGAGAAAAAAGGUGAAAGGUGACGAUGGCACAGAUGAAACACCUAAAUCUGAUUUGCCCAUUUCCAAAGCCGAACCCUACACCAUGUUCGAUCAAACCGAACGCAAGGCCUAUGAAUUGCUGUGCCAGGGUAAACUAAAACCCACACCCGCUCAAAUAAGAGUUCUUAAAUGCCGCUAUGUCAAUAAUAAUGUAGCGUUCCUGAAAAUCGGUCCUCUAAAAUUGGAAGAAGCCUCCAAAGAUCCCUAUAUUGUGGUCUAUCAUGAUGUUAUUUUUGACACAGAAAUUGACAUAAUUAAGAGAAUGGCCAGACCAAGAUUCCGCAGAGCUACUGUUCAGAAUGCUGUAACUGGUGAAUUGGAAACGGCUAAUUAUCGGAUUAGUAAGUCGGCUUGGCUGAAGACCGAAGAACAUCCCAUUAUUAGGAAUAUUGUGCAGAGAACCGAAGAUAUGACUGGUCUCGAUAUGAUAACGGCCGAAGAGCUGCAAGUUGUCAACUAUGGCAUUGGUGGCCAUUAUGAGCCGCACUUUGAUUUUGCAAGGCGUGAAGAAAUACGUGCUUUCCAAGGACUUAAUUCAGGCAAUCGUAUAGCCACUGUUUUGUUUUAUAUGAGUGAUGUUGAACAAGGUGGUGCUACUGUUUUCACAGCCAUCAAUACGGCUGUUUGGCCCAAAAAGGGAGCAGCUGCUUUCUGGUACAAUUUACAUAGAUCGGGAGAAGGUGAUUACAGAACAAGACAUGCAGCCUGUCCGGUACUUACUGGUUCAAAAUGGGUUUCCAAUAAAUGGAUUCAUGAACGCCGUCAAGAAUUCAGACGUCCUUGUGAUUUGGAACCUGAUCAUGGCGAAUUUGCCAUAUAGUGCAAUUAAUUACUCUUAUUGUUUAAUUUUAAAUAUUUUCUAAAAUCAAUUUAUUCAUUAUACAUACCUACACUUUUUCUCUCUCUGCCAUCCACUCUUCCCUUUAACUCAUUCAAAAGCUUUUCGAUUAUUUGUUUACAUUAUAUACUACGAAUUUAUAUAAAUACAUAUGUACAUACUUAUGUAUAUAUAUAUUUAUCUUUUCAUUCAUUUAACUAUUAGAUUUUAUUCUAAAUAUUUUGAAAUCUUAGACUUUUAGAGAAUAUACAGAUUUAAAUAACAUUUGUAAUGUAUUUAUGUACUUGAUUCUCUUCUCUUGUUUUAAUUUUAAUUCCAAACAACAAAAACAAAUAUGAAUCUCGUUUUAAUCUUAAUAAAAUUUAUUUCCAUUUUCUUAUUUUUGAUACAUUUUUCUCAUGUGCAACUGUUGUUUUAACAACAUUUAUAUACAAAUUGCUUUAAUAAAACUAAAU